CAGCAUUCGUUCCGUUCCGCUAUUUUUCUUUCUCCAUGGGGACCAAUGGGGACGCACCCUAAAGUCUAUGACGAUAUAACUGACGCCGAGUGUGUGUUAAAAAUGAUAUAAUAUAAAAAUUUGUUUUCUGAUAGAUAAAUUUUUUUAUGCUUGCGAAAUAAGUGAGAAGUUUAAUUAUUGUAUAUAUAUGUUGUUUCUUUAUUUUUUUCUUGAAGUAUAUAAGUAUAAUGGAAUUUACUUAACCUAAUAUAGGUUCACUUAACCUAAUUUAUUUAAUAUAGUUCAACUUAACCUCAUCUUAGUUUAUCCUUACCUAACUUUAAAACGAUUUUGACAAUACUAUUUGACUCAUCAUAUUGUGUGUACAUACAAAGAUCGAGAAGAAGGAAUGGAAUCUACAUCUAGCAAAAAUAUAUGAUUGUAGGAUGAACAGAAUAACCAGGAAGAUUCGGACUCUUCAGAAAUAGAUGAGAUAGAACCUAGAUUAAAAUAUGUGAGAAUACGCAAUGAUCUGGAACAUAUCCUGCAAAACGAUGCAGCUAGCUGCAUUGCUGUACAUCCAAAGUUCCUCUGUCUAGGAUCACAUUGGGGAAUGAUCCAUCUUCUAGACCACCAAGGAAACAAUAUAAAAUCUAAAACAUUACAGGCACAUACAGUGGCAGUCAAUCAGAUAUCCAUAGACUACAAUGGGGACUUUAUUGCCUCUUGCAGCGAUGAUGGAAAAGUUUUCAUUUAUGGAUUGUACAGUACAGAAAACAAUCACAAUAUGAGCAUGGGCAGGCUAGUUAAGAGUAUAGCGAUUGAUCCGAAUUAUAAGAGUGGCAGUGGUAGAAGAUUUAUUACAGGUGAUGACAAGCUAGUACUUUACGAAAAGACUUUUCUGGCCAGGAUGAAGCCAACAGUGCUGUGUGAAGCAGAAGGUGGAGUCAAAUCUGUUGCGUGGUCUGGUCGCUUUGUUGCAUGGGCAUCUGACACUGGUGUGAGAGUCUAUGAUCUCGAUGCUAGAUGUUCACUAGGACUCAUAAAGUGGUCCCGUACUGCAGAGGCAUCACCAGAACACUACCGAUGCAAUUUGCAGUGGUCCGAUGACAAGACACUAUUGAUUGGAUGGGUGGACGUUGUGCGUAUCUGCCAUAUUAGGAAACGUACCAUGCAAGAAAUGGUGAACCGAGAUUUGCCCGAAUUUGUAGUAGAUCCAGUGUCAACGUUUCAAGUAGAUUUUUAUAUAUCCGGUGUAGCACCAUUGAGAAAUCAGUUAGUAUUAUUAGGAUGUCUAAAGGAACCGGAUGAAGAUGGAAAAAAUCAACGUCCAACUCUACAUGUGGUUGAACCAAAAUAUCAAGAUUUCUCAGUAAUAUGUGCAAACUCGCUUACCUUACGUGGUUAUAAGGAAUACAGUUGCAAUGAUUAUCACUUGGAUUGUUUAAAGGAGGAAAACAGAUUUUUCAUUGUAAGUCCGAAAGAUAUCGUAGUGGCCAGUUUGUAUGAUACGGAUGACAGAAUCGAAUGGCUAUUGAGCCAUGGAAAGUUCGAGCAAGCUUUAGAAGCUGUAACAAUAAAUAACGGCAAAGAUUGCAAGAUGCAUACUGUAUUGGAUGUAGGGCGUACUUAUUUGGAUCACCUAUUAGCAUGUGAAAAAUACGAUGAUGCUGGAAAGCUUUGCCUCAAAGUUUUAGGACGAAAUAAAAAAUUAUGGGAGGAAGAGGUUUACAAAUUUGCCAGAGUGCAUCAACUGCGUUCAAUCUCGUCCUACUUGCCGCGGGGUGACGUUAUCCUCGAUUCACUAAUCUAUGAAAUGGUCCUGUAUGAAUAUUUAAAAAUGGAUCCCGACGGUUUCCUGCAACUGGUCAAGGAAUGGUCACCGGAUUUGUACACAGUAGCGGCGGUAGUUAACGGCGUAUUGGAGCAUUUACUGGUUCACAAUCAACGACAGAACGUAUUAUUAGAAGCGUUAGCCAUUUUAUAUAUCCACGAUGGCAAAUACGAUAAAGCGCUCGCUAUGUACUUGAAGCUGCGGCACAAGGACGUCUUCCAAUUGAUCCAAAAGUACCAGUUGUAUAAUUCUGUGUAUGACAUGAUCGAAGGCCUGAUGGAUCUGGACACAGAACGUGCCAUACAAUUUUUUCUGGAGAAGGACAGAGUGCCGUCUGACGUGGUUGUACAAAAGUUGCAACAUAAUCAUCGUUAUUUAUAUUUGUAUCUAGAUGCAUUAGAUAAAAGAGACACAAAGGAUUCAAAGGGCAAGUACCAUGGUCUUUUGGUACGACUGUAUGCCGAUUAUUCAAGAGACAAGUUACUACCGCUUUUACGUCGCUCUGAUAAUUAUCCAAUACAACAGGCUCUGGAUAUUUGUAGUCAGCGUCGAUUUUAUCCAGAAAUGGUGUAUCUGCUAGGUAGAAUCGGAAACACUUCGGAAGCUUUAGCGCUCAUGACAAGAGAACUCAAUGAUAUGGAAAGUGCAAUAGCAUUCUGUCAGGAACACGAUGAUGAAGAGUUGUGGAACGAUCUAGUUAAUUACUCACUUGACAAACCUGCGGCUAUUACAUUUCUCCUCCAAAAGAUCGGCACCUAUGUUGACCCUAGGCUUAUGGUGCAAAGGAUAGAACCCACUUUGGAAAUUCCAGGCUUAAAGAAAGCAUUGGUUAAAAUGAUGUGCGACUACAAUCUGCAGGUGUCUGUGCAGGAAGGUUGCAAGAAAAUACUAUCUAACGAUUAUUUCAAUCUCCACGAGCGACUUGUUCGUUGUCACCAAAAGGGCAUAUUUGUCGACGAUGAUCAGAUGUGUGGAGCUUGCCAUAGGAAGAUAAUUGUAAGAGAACCGCGGAAUAUGGUUGUAUUUUAUUGUAAGCAUUGUUUUCAUGAAGAUUGUCUACCCAAUUUUGAUUUGGUUGAAAAUUGUGUGAUAUGUAAUUCGCAGAAAGAGAUGACGCCUGGCAGAAAAUUAUAAAGGUAAAGUUGUACUUAUGCAACAUGUGGAAUAUCGAAAACUUUAAAUGGACUAGUGUCAUAUUUCAACCAAGCAUCUUGGUAUAGCUAAGAUUAUGUUACAUUAAUGUAUAAACAAAUUUUUAUAUAUAAUAAAUAGGUUAAAAUUACAUGAAAAAAAAAAAACAAGUAGGUUUUAAUUAGAAUUAGAUAUGGUAAAGUGCACAUAAUAACGCAUAAAUAUUUAAUUCAUUUCGACAUAUAAUGCAAGAAAGAAACUCAUAUGACUUUUUGCUUUUGAUGUCAUAAUUCAAUACAGUUGUAAAUAAAAAAACAACGAAAAGAAUUUCUGUAAACUAAUUGAAAGUCUUUGUAAUCUCAUUGCUUGAUGAAGACAAUGACAUUUUAUUUAUAAAUUAUGUACAUUUAUAUUCCUUUAUUUAACGGUUUAAACUAACAGAAAGAUAUUUGUAAAAAAAGGAAGUAAAAGUAAAUAA